AUGGCGUCAAACCCUGACCCUGCUUCUCUCAGUGCCCGCAGCCGCCGGUCUUCCAUUUCUGCCAUUCCGCGGCCAAAGUCUGGUACCUCUCGUCAUGCUACACCCACAGGUGCUCGAGGAGACCGGAGAGACUCGGCAGCAGGGACAAGGAUUCUGAACAUUGGUCACAAGUACAGGAAAUCAUGGCACCCUGAAGACAGUGUCCCGCCUAGCUCAUUUCGUAUGCGUCAACCCCAGGUCCCGAACCCCAGGAAUGAGUCUUUGCUUCCAUACAAGCAACGAUCUCAUCAUGAUCUGUCCGGAACCCAACAGCAACUCUAUGUUCGAAACCUGUCCACGCACUCCCUGGGCGGACCUGAUGCCGUCGUAGCUCCACAUCAGCUCAAACAGACAUCCAGCACUACCGCACUGCCCAAAUCCAAGACGAUGAGCAGCCUCCUCUCUUCACCCCGUGAGACCAUCACCAGAAGACGCCUCCUUCAACCCCUCGAGCCGCCACUACCACGAACGCAGACCUUGGGCAAUAUCUCGUGCUUUGGUCCAUUAAAUGAAACGCCUUCGCCGAGGAAGCCAAUCUCAGUUUCCCUUUCCCUUCCACGGCAGCACCAUGACAAUCGAAGUCACCUCAACGUCGCCGAUGCGUUGGUCGAAAGUAGGAUGACAGAAAAAGAGAUGGACUUGAUGAUCCAGGUCCAGAAAGAGGCCGCAAUCAAUCGUGCUCGACUCAGAAAUUCUUGUCAACACCGAAACCCUCUAGAAUAUCCUCCUCCUGCGCAGUCGACGAAGCGAACAAAUGAGCAAAGAGCGACCCUCAAGUUGUCGCUGAAUGACGUUGCCAAUACACAGCGUCUCGAAGGCAUGGAGAGGAUAUCCUCCUCUGGGCGGCUCCUGUUCAUCAAUUCCACUCUAGCAAACAAGAACUGGCGAGAGAGUGACCUUCCAACUUCAACAACAAUGACGACUAGCAUUGGAAGCAUUACCAGCUCGAAUCCAAGCCAGAAUUCUGAGAGUGAUCCAAGACAUGUCAGAGACCACCGACUUUCCUUCAGCAGGACAACUAUGCUAACCGUCAAGCAGGUAUAUGUUGCAGAACACACAUCAUACUGGACCGGGCGAUAUGUGUCUCUUUGUGACCGACUUCGCACGAAGGAGCUUAACGUACCACCCCCAUCACCGUCGAAAUCGAGCGAAAAGAAGAUUGAUCGUCUUUUUGACAACAGUGAGAGAGUUCGUAUGAACAAUGCGCUCAAUGAACUGAGAGAGCAUUGCAAGACGGAAGAGGCCUUGAAGAGCUUUGACGACUUCGAGAAUACCCUCCUCAAAAAGAUAGGAAUAUCGCGCCAGAGCCUGCAUCGAACUGGAAGCCUCGCAUUUGCGGGUAGAGAGGUAGAAAGGAAGCAGGGAAUAUCCGGGUCGAGUGCCUCCAGGUCAUUUCCCUUGAACAUGUCAAAUUCUCCCAGCAACGCGUCAACGCCAACAAGUCGAAUAUCAAGCGUCAAUGCUGACGCCGUGCUAACCGUAAAUUCCAAGUCGUUCUAUGGUGAAGGCGCAAUCGCAAAAAGCAAGACUACUGGCAAUCUGGCAGCCCUUAUCCCCCUCAUCCCAAAACGGCAGUAUGUUGUUGCAAGCAGUUCGCUGCCAAAGUCGAAUACCGUCCAGCCAGUUUCACAUAGGCGCAGAACAUCCUACUUCGAGUGUUCUCCCGAAACUCGAGCAAAGGCUAUGAAAGAGCGAGAGGAACGUGCCUCUCGUAGAGCAGCUGAGGCCCAUCGACGUUCAAGCUCACAUAUGCCAGUCUUGGACGUGACCAAGAGUCGCGGGCAGAGCAAGGACCAAGGAUCAUCCUCCAGGGCUGUGAAAAUCUCCGGGGCGGCCCAGUCUCAACUCAACUCUUCCAACUCCAAAACCGAUGCAUCGGGAGCAGUGGCAGAUUCCCUGAGUGCCGCCAUGCUCGAGAGCGGUCAUGUUCGCCCCCCACCGAAUACCGUGAGUGCGGCUUUGCCCUCCCGAGUGGAGCUCGUGGAGUUGUCUGGAGGUGGGAAAGAGAAGGUCGUCAAGUCACGGCGCAAGACCGAGAGACAGAUCAGCGGGGAGAUGGUCAAGAUCUUGUUUGGAGCUGGUAUGCGAGAGGUGAAGAAGAUGGGACGUCGAGUAAGUGGGAUGAGCUGGCCCGGAAGUAGCGAUGAAUUUUAA